AUGGAGGAAUACAGGCCGAGUUUCCGGAGCAGCGCCGGCGAUUUCAGACUGGAAGUCGUGAGCGGGAGGAGCUUCGGCAGCGUUAAUCAGGUGUACGGAGCGAAUCGGAUCCGUUCUCCGGAUCUGGCGCCGGUUCCGCCGCGGCGGAGUGUGGUGACGGCGACAUCGAUGCCCUGGAGUUUCAACGAUCCGGAGAUGAAGAGACGGAAGCGGAUAGCCAAGUACAAGGUGUACACGAUUGAAGGGCGGAUGAAGGCUUCUAUCAGGAACGGGCUAAGGUGGAUUAAGAACAAAUGCUCCGAAAUCAUCCAUGGCUACUAG